AUGGUCUUUUUUCCGCCCAAGUGGGUAGGCGAAUUGCCUCCCAUCCCCGACACGGUCCCCCUCUGCGACUUCAUGCUCGACGAGCGAUAUGGGCGUGCUCCCAUCGACCAAUCGCCCGCUCCAUACGUUUGCAAUGUCACCGGCCAGGGUUACUCACCGGCUGAGAUCGUCCAGCGGGUGGAUUACAUGGCCCGGGCCCUUUCUCGCGAGUUGGGCUGGGAACCCAACACCGGGGCAGCAGAAGACAAAGUCAUUGGAAUCUUCAGUAUGAAUACGAUCGACACAAUGCCUCUGUCCUGGGCGGUGCAUCGAUUGUCGGGGAUAGUCUCGCCCGCCAACGCCGCGUAUUCGGCCUCGGAAUUGGCCUAUCAGAUGAGGGACUCCAAGGCCACGGUGCUUUUCACUUGUCUGCCCUUGUUGGCCACCGCGCUGGAAGCGACAGCCCAAGUCGGGAUCCCCCGUCAGCGCGUCUUCGUGCUCGAGACGCCCGUCGAACCGGGCCAGUCGCUCCCCGCCGCAGCAUCGGAGUUCGAGACGGUAUCACAAUUGGUCGCAGCAGGCCAGACGCUGCCCCCAGUAGCUCCGUUGAAAUGGCAGGCCGGGCAGGGUCGCCGUCAGCCAGCAUUUUUGUGUUAUUCCAGCGGUACUUCCGGGCUGCCGAAAGGCGUGAUGAUCUCCCACUACAACAUGAUGGCCAACAUCCUCCAGUUCAAGCAAUACGAUGAAUCGUCGGGGAUGCGCACCAAGGGCAAGUCCGAGGUGACGAGCUGUGUCUUGCCCAUGAGCCACGCCUACGGGCUGAACUACGUCGCGCACUACGCGGCCUACCGCGGCGACCAGACGGUGGUGUUCGCGCGCUUCCAGCUGGAGAGCCUCCUGGAGGCGACGCAACGUUUCAGAAUCACCAUUCUCCUCCUCGUGCCACCCAUCGUGCUGCGCAUCGCCAAGAGCCAGGAGCUGUGCCGACGGUAUGAUCUCAGCAGCGUGGUGGGACUCUUCACGGGGGCAGCUCCGCUGGGCGAGGAAAUCGAGGCAGCGGUGCGAGAGCAGUAUCCCGCCAUGAAUAUCGGUCAGGGCUAUGGAAUCACCGAAGCCACCACCGUAGUCGGCCUAACCCCCAUCAUCGACCAAUGGGCCGGCUCCGUGGGCUGUCCGAUGCCAGGCUCGCAGUGGAAGCUCCUCGACCCCGACGGCAGCGAAAUCACCUCCUACGACACUCCAGGCGAGGUCAUCAUCGCUGGCCCCAACGUGACGAUGGGGUAUCUCAACAACCCCAAAGCCACCGUCGAAUCCUACCGGGACGGCUGGUACCACACGGGCGACGUGGGCGUGAUGCGGCUGAGCCCCCAGGGCAACGAGCAUCUGUUCAUCAUCGACCGGAUCAAGGAACUGAUCAAAGUGAAGGGGCUGCAGGUGGCCCCCGCCGAACUGGAGGCGCAUUUGUUGGCGCACCCCGCCGUGGGCGAUUGCGCCGUCAUCCCCGUGCCCGAUUCCGAGGCCGGCGAGCUGCCCAAGGCGUUUGUUGUCAAAUCGGCGCAGACUGGACCGGAUGAUGCCGCCACCGUCCAGGCGAUUGUCGCGCAUGUGCAGGAGACCAAGGCCCGGCAUAAGUGGCUCAAGGGCGGCGUCGAGUUUGUGGAUCUCAUUCCCAAGAGUCCCAGUGGGAAGAUCCUGCGACGGUUGCUGCGCGAUCGGGAGAAGAAAUCUCGACAGGCGAAGCUUUGA